CUGUCAGCCAGUUAACCGUAGUUAAUCCUGACUGGUCCACAGAAGGAGAAGGAUUUGGCUUUGGGCUCAUUUUCUAUCUCUGCUGACUCUUAGGAGGAAUGUUUGCUUGGGGAUGAGCCUUCAGCUUCAUGAACAGGUUUGAUCUCCGUACCAUGGAACGCUGAGCGUAAAGCUUCAGAUCAAGUACUCCAAGUUAGUGCUGCAAUGAGGUCACUCUCUCCUCUGAGGAGGAAUCUCAGUCCUUUUCCCUCUGGGUGGAUGGGAACUUUGAUCCCUGUGGAUGGAAGUCUGUUUUGGAAAGUGACUUGUUAGCAAGGCAAUUUUUCUCUGGACUUUUGGGAACCGUAAAACUCACAAAAGUUAACCAAGCAUUUCUUUUUCAAUAAAAACGUUUCCGUUUUGCAGACUUGUACUUAGGAAAUGCAUUAUUCUGCAGAUGCACCAUCACAGAUGCAUAAUGGACACCAGAUGUAGGCUACAGACCCUGAACAACUUCUGAUCUUCACUGCAGUUUGACAGCAGUGUUAGAUUUUUUUAGGUGCACCUUUGCUCCAAGUUGGCUCAAAGAAAAUUUCUAGAAUCCUAAGAAAAUAUAAACUUUUAUUUUUGAAAUGCUAUUUUACAGAAAUAUUUUAAUUAUUUGGGAAGCAAGUUAUUUCUGACUCACACUACUCCACCAUCUGCUUCAGAGCUCUAUGUUGUGGUUCAGAGAUGCUUUUCUGUAGAUCUCGGUAAGAACCAGUGGUUAUUUGAGCUGCUGGUGUCUAGAACCAGUGCGACCAGUCUCUGACCUCCACAAGACGUUUCCAUGCUCACAAACUUCAAAGGAUUUUUUUGUUCAUUAAUUUUUUAUUCUUAGGAAGUUUCAGCAACACCUAAACAUCUCAAAUACUCAACAACAAACUUCCUGUUUAUGACAUUAUAAACUUACAACCUACCCAUCCACCAUUUCCCCGGGUCCACCGAGCCCAUCCCCCUCUACUUGGCAAGUGGUCUCUAAGGAUACAUCAAGUCCAUCCAAGGUGCUGGGGUAUCUGAAGUUGCAUUCCUGUUCCAUGCUGAUGAAAGCUCCAUAUAGGCUAUACUCGAAGCCAGCGAGUGGAUAUUUUAGAUGUCUGUAAAACCCAAAUGAUAAUAAUGAGUGUAAUUCCAGCAGAUCAGAAGGUUCUGAAGUACUCAGACCAGCCUGUCAGGUACCAACAACCAUGCCACAUUUAAAGUCAGUCAAAUCCUCUUUCUUAUCCAUUAUAUUGCUCAGUGUGAACUGACUCAAUGAUCUUGGUGGCAGAGCAACAUCAUUUGGUCCCUAACAGAUUAAGUAUCCGCUCAAGUGAAGCAUCAGUUUGUGGCAGACACAUUUCUGUCUCUAAUCCCAGAGUAGAGAAUAAAAUCCACAUACAUUCCCUCAGUCAUAUUCCAGCAGCUUUUUAGGAUCAAGAGGACUUUCAGCCCACUUAAUUAUUGAUAGUAUACUUUAAACCAGAUUCCUAACUUGGCUUGUUUCUGUAGAAUAUACAAUAUGUCUGCAGAAGUAAUAGAAACUCUAAUUUCAAAGUUCAUUCAGAUAAGACUUACCUGCUCCACAUUUCCGUUUCCCUACAGAGGGAGUGGACUUUGUUGACUGAAAGCUGUAAUGGAGGACUUGGGUUGUGAUUUUUCUCAUUCGCUGGUGGGAACGGGAGUGUUACCGUGUCUUUGGGCGUGUUUGAGAAAAGGUUUUAGAGUUCAACAACUUCACUGAAGAAUUAUAAAGGAAGGUGGAGAGCGAGGAACAGGUUGGACUUCUACCCAGCUGUAAGCUUCCGGGAGCGCCAACGUUUUGUUGACCCAGAACCAACACAGUUAUGUCAGCAAACGUGCAGAAGAGUGUGUGGCCCUCUCCUUACGCAGUCCUGACCUUUGUUUUGCUGCUGGCUGCUCCCGGCUGCCCUGCCUCCCCACAGAGUGCCUCCUGGGGUUCUGCGUGGGGUUCUAGCAGCUCACCAGAACAUCCUGUCCGUGCACGACGACAGCUGAACUUCAGAAACGAGUGGGCCACAUGGAGCGGCUGGUCUGUCUGCUCACGCAGUUGUGGGGGCGGAGCUUCUGUACGGACUCGCACCUGCCUUACCAGGAACCCUGUUGGUGGGCCGUGUGCAGGAGAUCCCAGACAGUACAAGAUCUGCAACACCAAGGAGUGUUCUGCUGGCUCGGAGGGUUUCAGGGAGAUGCAGUGUGCCGCCUUCAACGACAGACCCUUGGUGGCAGGAAACUCCUUCAGAUGGACGACGUUUCAUGGAGGCUCUAACCCCUGUGAACUCAGCUGCCUGGCUCUGGGACACAACUUCUACUACAACUUUGGUCACGUUCUGGACGGCACAUCCUGCAGCAAGGAGCCCGGAGCGGUGUGUGUAAACGGACGCUGUCUGAAGCCAGGCUGUGACUCCAUCUUGGGUUCAAAGCAGCAGGAAGACGCCUGCAUGGUAUGUGGAGGACACAACACCACCUGCCUGCACCACAAGAGUGUGUACCAGAAUCGCAGGAUGGAGGCAGGCGGGCCUUUUGGAUACAAUGAAGUUGCCAUGAUACCGGCUGGAGCCACUCAUAUCCGAGUCACUGAUAACAGCAGGAACUAUCUCGCCCUGCAGAAUGGUCGCUCCCAGUUUGUGAUCAAUGGAAACUGGAAGAUCAGUGUUCCCGGUGAGUACAGUGUAGCUGGGACCAAGCUGCUGUACCGGCGCUCUGCAGAUACCUGGGAGAGCUUCGAGGUGCCAGGACCUACCCAGGAAGACCUCCAUCUAAUGGUUCUUGCCACAGAAAGAAACUCAGGGAUUGAGUACGAGUACUGGCUUCCACCAGACCAGUAUGCCCUCUACCAUGGGAGGAGGAGUCCACUUCGACAGGCUCACCACACCUCCAGCUACUUGCCCAGGAUCCAACCAACUACAUCAACCACAACAACCACCACCAUCCGUUCACCUCCGAACACCACCCGAUCCCACUGGUUUUUAGAUCUCUUAAAGACACCGCGCCAGUCUCUCCAGCACAACCACCAUCAGCGUCCUCGCCAGCCCAUCACGCGUUUGGAGCGUGAGGAAAACCACAGAAACCUCCUGCCUCAGGCCCCACCUGGAAGGCAUUGUGGAAAAUGUCUGCGAGUUAAAGGUCGGAGAGAACGCCAGAGGCAGUAUUGCCAAAAAGACUUUGUGUUUCGAGCUAAAGUGCUUGGGAAGCUGUACAGAGGCGAGGAGACUCGCUAUGAUGUCCAAAUUAUCCACACGUACCGAAAUCGCUAUCGCCUGGAGCACCGGGAGUUCCUGUGGGUCCAGAAUGUGUGCGACUGCCCCAAGCUGGAGGAGGGAAAACAGUACAUCUUGAUGGUGCGCCGCCACAUUAACUAUGAGCACACUCUGAACCGUAUCCUGAUGGAGGAGGAGAGCUACGUGGUGCCAUACAGGCCCAGAGAGGACGAGCUCCUGCGACCACUAGAAAGGCUCUGCAGCAACAGAGGAACCAAAGAACCUGCAGAACUUGGAGUGUAGUUUUAUAAGAGUGUUGCAGAACCAGGACCUUGUUCAUCUGCCACGCGUCGGCUAGGGACCUUUAUGAACGGCCCGAUGAACGUUUGAGUGUGGUAUGACCAGAGGAAGAAGCAGCCUUUUUGAUACAUGCCUCGUUAAAGUUUCAAAUGAACGUCACGUCUAUUUAAAAGCCCGGACAGCUUAUUGUACCACAUAGCACUUUAGGUGGACGCUGAUGUCCACCUUAAACAAAUACCAAAGAGAAGAACACUGACUGAAACUGCUGAUUUAACACAUCACUCAGUUGUUUUCCAUAUUGUAUUAAUUGUGUUUACGUUCAAACCUAAAGAAAAAAUCCAUUGAAACUGUUUUUUUCUGUGGGAACCCAGAGGUUUUUAUUCCUGAAACUCCAGCCCCUCAGUAGAUAAUUCAGCAGUAAGACCUACACAUUUCACACGUUAUUAUAAGCUUUGUGUCCACCUUGAUGACUUUUAUUUAGUCUUAAGGAAAUAGAUCUUUAUUUUUCUGCUGCACUCAUACAGUUGGGUCAAUCCUUUCACACACCCUGGUGGAGAAGAUGAAUGCAAACACAAAAAACUGUUUUUACUCAUGGUCAGUGAUGUUGUGAAGCCAUUCGUGAAGCAAUAUGUGAACUCAUUUCAAAUCACCAUAACAAAAUAAAAUAUCAAAAUAACCCCAUCGACACAUCCACACACCCCGGUUCCUAACAUGUAUCGCCCGCUUUAGCAUCAAUGGCAGGCUGGAGUCUUUUGUUGUUGUGGAGAAGGUUCUUAAGUUCUUAAGUAUUCACACCCCAUCCCGUUCUCUCAGAUCUUCUUCUUCCAUCCAUCUUGCGUUUCCUUCUGCCCGUCUCGCUACCAUGGGGAGCAGAGCUUUCAGCCGCUCUGCUCCCCGUCUCUGGAACUCACUUCCCCAGACAUCAGGAACGUCGACAGUUUUACCCUUUUCAAAACAAAACUCAAAACACACAUGUUUAAAUCUGCCUUCAACCUCUGAUUUUAUUGAACUGUUUCUCUCUUUGUUUUUUAUUUUUUCUUGUUUGGGUUUUAUUAUUGUUUUAUUGUAUUUUAUUAAGUGUUUUCUGUCAAGUGACCUUGGGUGUUCUGAAAGGCGCUUUUAAAUAAAAUGUAUUAUUAUUAUUAUUAUUAUUAUUAUUAUUAUUAUUAUUAUCUAAUGCCCAUUCUUCUGGACAAAAAGCCUCCAGUUCCUGUAAAUUUAUACCAAGACCAGCGCGUUUGAGCUCCCCCCACAAUGGUUCCAUGAUACUGAGGUCAGGAGACCGAGACGGCCACUCCAGAACCUGAGGCAGAACAUGUGGAUCAUUGUGUUGUAGGAACACCCAAGGCCAGCUUUCAGGCUGAGAGCACAAAUUCUCCUCCUGCUGCAUUCAUCUUGCCAUCAAUUUUGAUGAAGUUUCCAGUGCCACCUUCACCUUCAGUCCAGUUCAACUUCAUAGUAGGAAUGGUGAGCCUUUCAUCGUAGGCCUUGUUGACUCCUCUCCUAAAGUAAUGUUUAUGGUUGUGGGCAAAAUGUCAAACUUUGGUCUCAUCACUCUAAAUGAACAUGUUCUAGAAGUGUUUGUCUCUGUGCUGUUUCUCAUAUUGAACGCAAGAUGUUUUGUGGUGUUUUUGUAGUAAUGGUUUUCUUCUGGUUACUAAACCUUGUAGCCCAUUUUUCCUAUAAGCGCAUCCUUUUUGAGCUUCUUGCAACAGCCAUGCCACUUUCUUCGAGGGAGUCCUGGAUGUCAACAGAACGUUUCUGAGGGGUUUUCUUUGCACCGAAAACAAUUAUUCUGCCCGUUUUUGCAGACAUUUUUAUUUAUUAGAUUUCUAUCACUGCUGAUUGGCAUUAUCGGUAUCUUGGAUAUCUUUUCAUUCCCCUUUCCUGUUUCAUAGAGUUAAAUCACCUUUUCUCAUGGAUCCUGUGACAAUUCUUUUGCCUUCCCCAUGACUCAGAAACUGGAAACAUCAGCUCAGCUCUGGAUGGAAGAUGCAAGGGUUUGUUUGCCAGGAGCCCAACAACUCACACUCCUUUUAUAAACACACACUGAUUCCAGGGAAAGGGAUCACAGGUGAGGAGGGUUACCUUUAGAAGCCAUUCAAACCCAUUUGUGUCAGGUUGUGUGCAUGUUUCAGGCCAGAAUCAGUGUGAUGUGCAAACCUUUGAUAGGGUCAUUGGUAUUUUAUUUUAUUAUGGUGAUUCUCCUCUUCACUUUUUCACUCCUCCAAUUUUUACCAACAUGUUUCUGUCCCACGGCUGCAGAGAAUCAGCCAGAAUAUGUGGCUAUAUUUAAAAUCCGGCUGUUGUUUGUGAUGCAUGCAACCUGCAGCAGACUCAGACGGUCUGUUCUGUUUACUAAUGACAAGGUCUGAAAAAAGAGUUCUUAAUAGUUUCUAAAAUGUAAAAAGCAUGAAAGAGUGACACCCGAUUUUCUAACGUUUUGUUGUGUGCAUUUUUUAAGAAAUAAGCUGAAAUCUUAACUGGACUUGUGUGUCUUUUUAGGAUGUCUGUUUCUAAUUUGUUGUGUCAGUGAGUUUUACUCGUUGCUGGAAUAAAUUUUCAGCUCUUUGAUACUUAACAUGAAAGAUAUAUUUAAAUAUACAGUAUUUUGAUCGUGUGACACUGAUUAGCUGCAAAUAUAUUAAGUACAUUUUACCAGAUUUGUUAUUAGUGUGAUGUCUGAUAUUGUUUUGUGCCUUAUUUUAUUGAUUUCCAAUCUCACAUGUAAUAUCAAACUUUUGAUAUGUGCCAAAAGAGCAUAUUUGCCUAUAUUAUAACUAAUAAUGAUACAUUUGAUAUAAAAAAGCCUUUCAAGACACCCAAGGACACUUUACAAUGAUGGAGAUAGAAUAGAAUAUUUUAUCAUUCUAGCUGAUCUGUAAUACACUCCAUUUGGAUUAUGUGUGAUUUAUAAAAGAGAAAGAAGUGAAAAAGUUUGUAAGAAAACUUUUAUUUACAAAAAGCUUCAAGCCUACAACAAAUAAAACAAGUUUAACCACC